AUGGAGAUGAGAUUGUUUCAACACCACGGCCGAACUCCAUUCGCUUAUUCAGAAACCCGACUCCCAAGACUUCCUCCAGAAAGUGCGAAUAGCGGCAAAAUCGAAAACCGGCAUUGCCGCACGUGCCUCAGUGCUUUUGGCCGGUCGUGUGUUGUCAAAAAAGGGGAAGGCGAGGAAGAGAACAGGCCGAGUGAAGCCCCGAAAAAGGAGAAGGACAGACAUCCCAGGCUCACAGACUCUCGCUCUCGAAAAGAACAACAUGCUAACAUUGGGCGAGAGAAACGGCCAGGGAAGGAACCCAGAGUCGUGCCGUGGACAGAGAGACAAAAUUAUAUAAGAAUGCCGCGGAUUAAGAAUUCAGGCCCAAAGUUGUGUCACUCUUCCAAACUAAUUUCCUAA